GAGAGAUAUGCACGAGAGGAUAUCUGCCUCGCCUUCCGACGUCACUCAUGCUUCGCAAAGAGUGACGUCAGCAUCUCUCAGCUUUUUCUUUCCUCCAUGGUCAGAGCACCCGCAGAUAUAGAAGGCCCGCUUGCACGCACUGAGCAUAGUUACGUAAUCGGUUUUUAGGAAACCCCAUGCUUCUCUUCGCGGUCUCGCAAUGGCGAAAGUUGCUUCCUUUGAAUGUCAGUACUGCGACCUGCGGUUAGCGAACAAUCGCAGUCUGCAGAGGCACAUAAAACUUGUGCACAAAAUCACUCACCCUAAGUACAACUGCGACGAGUGUGAAGUAGCCCUGACUUUGAAAGAACUGGAGUACCGCCAUAUCAGCGUGCAUUUCUUCGAGCCAGAAUAUGAGAGGUAUCACUUUCUGACAAUGCCAGCUUUCAAGUCAUUGAAGGAAAAGGUGGAGAAAGACACACGCAGUCACUUCAUUGCAAGGACAGGUACAGAGACUUGCGGCCACCUGAAAAAGAAGCAUUUCUACUUCGUCUGUCACCGGUCUGGAAGUUAUGCUUCACAAGACAAGCUGCGAGAAGGCGUGUCCAUGGAUGCAGUGCAGUACUGGAUAAUGUGCGGUCCAACGUGGAUGAGACAUUCCACCGCAUUAACCUGUUAAGCAAGCAGGAUCUCCGCAAAAUAAUGAGGGAUGCCAGAGUCUCGAAGACCGAGCGGCUGCACGAUAAUGACUAUGUGAGCGUGCAACUCUGGGUUGAGAGGAUGCAUAGUGAAAAGGAAAACCCAUUGCUCUUCUUUGAACACCAAGGACAACCUGACAAAAAGUGACAUUUUUUUAGAGAAAAAAAUGAGGACCUUUUGGAUGACAGAGAUUUUAUGCUAGUCAUCAUGACCACACCACAACAGGAGCUUUUCAAGAGGCUUGGAACUGAUCGUAUAUGUGUCGAUGGAACACAUGGAACAGCAGGUGAGCAGUACUAUAUAAAUGCCUUAAUAAUAAAAGCAAGAAAGAGGGAAUGCUGUCCAAGAAUAAUUGCAAUAGAUAUGAUGAGUAGUAUUCCUUCACACAUGAUAUUUCUCUUAAUUUUUCAUUUGAUAGAGUUCUCAAUUAUCAGUAACGGAGCAAGAAUGAAUUCAGCGCUCUGUACACUGGUGAUAUCAUUCCAUUGCUACUGUCCUCAUCGCUAUAUGCCCUGCAUAUCCUGUCUGUAUUGUCACCACGGAGUUAUAAUAGGUCACAUAAUACAGCUCUUAUCACAUUUGUCUUGUGGGGAUGCGCGACUGUCACACGUCCCCUGAUAUGUUGUUUUUCCCGCAUAGCUUCCGUCUCCUGCAUUGCGGCUUCGCCGCGGGCCCCAGGCCACGCGAGAGAUGGCGCGAGUGUUGCGCUGCUAACGCCGCCUCAUGGCAGGGUUACUUGGGGGCGCAAGGGAGAACAUGUUUCCUCUUUGGUUCGGGAUGGCAAGCAGCACGGACGUGCCGCCCGUGCGCCGAUCCAUGCUUCUGCGAGAUCGUCUCGUGAGGCCUUGUGCGAAAGAGCCACCGUUCGCGUGACCGUACGUGUGAACGACCAGGCAUUGGGAUCCAGCAAGGGGCGAACAUAUUCGCUCGCUAUCCGGUCGCGGUGAGUCGGACUUCCGCGAUUUGUCGCACGCCCAUCGGCAUGUUUUGUGGAUAGCAACUCGGCUAGCAGGCAUUGAUCUAUGAAAGGUGCAAUAAAUGCCCUUGUGAUUGUCGUUCCUUUGACCCAAGGUACGGGAUGAGAAUCCCCACAGUCUAGAGUGCAGAAACAGUGCAUUGCACUGUGUAUUAGUGCCUUCUGUCAGAGGUACAGCUGUCUCGAGGCUGUUUGGCAUCCUGAACUGUUUGCCAAUUAGGCGAAUCACUGAUUACUGCUACAGUCAAAAGUGCUUUUUCUUGGUGGCGGUGGGUGGUUCCCUGAGGACUGCAAGAACAAAACAUUUAGAAAAUCAGGCAGUCCAAAAAAAAAAUUAAUGCAUGCCUUUUACUGCCAUUUAAAGGGAGGUGCUAGUUUAAAACAUAACAAGAACCUAGAACUAUGAAACCCCAGCUGUUUACAUACUCUUAUGGUAAUUUCAAAUACUAUAUAAAUCAGUUUUAUAGCAAGUUGCAUAGGUUGUGUUCUGUACAAUGACAAUGUGUAAAACGUAGGCAUUAUUGCCCCCAUUUUUUUAUCUCUAAACUUCCAUAAUUGCAGACCAGUGAUGGCGUAUAAUCCUCCAAAUCAACUGUAGAAUACUGAAAUAUGUUACCGAAAUCGUUAUUCACUGUUGUUUUAAAAAGUGCAUAUAAGUGUUAAAUUAGAACCUGUGAAACCAUUUAAAAAUGUUUAGACAACCAGUAAGUGUUACUCAAGAUUUUAUCUUAAGUAUAUAAGUGAUGUUCAAGAUCAACCCCUCAGUGGUGGUCAAGACAGUUUAGGGUUUCAAGCACAAAGUUGACAUUCUGGAGCAGUUUAGGAGCAGAAAUUUUUUUUCUACUUCAUGUUCCAAAAGUCUUCUUGGAACACUUGGAGUAGUACAGAAGUAAUCUAGCCAUUUGGUGGAGCUUAUUAUUACUGUGCAGUCAGUAAGCGCUGCUCAAGAGUGAAGCAAGACACAAAGCCAACAGCAACCAAUUAAGCUUGCCUUCCCAAGGACGGUAUACCACGCACAUCAUGUUGCAAACAUUUUUGUUUGGGUAGGCAAGGAACUUAAUUUGUACCCGCCCUAGUUGCUUAGUGGCUGUGGUGUUGGGCUGCUAAGCACGAGGUCGCAGGAUCGAAUCUCGGCCAGAGCUGCCGCAUUUCAAUGGGGGCAAAAGGCGAAAACACCUGUGCACUUAAAUUUACUGUAGGUGCACGUUAAAAAACCCCAGUUGGUAGAAAUUUCCGGAGUCCCACACUACGGCAUGCCUCAUAAUCAGAAAGUGGUUUUGGCACGUAAGACCCCAUAAUUUAAUUUUUCUUAAUUUUGUAGACCAACCACAACACUUAUCAGGCUUCUUGGCGCUUGUGCUGUAACAGAAGAGAGUAUGUAUGUGUGUAAAUAAAAAAAUGUAAAUCAUGCCAUCUUACAA